CAGCACCGUAUAUAAUACGUCUUGGUUCCAUUGUUUCCUUUCCCUUUUUCCUGUUUGCACACACACACCUCUUUCCAUACACAUAUACACCAGUUCUCCUUCACCAACCUUCGUACACCAUGCAAAAAGACGGCGACCUUAACAAACAAACGAUCCCACUGCCAAAUGCUGCACCUGGCGGAAGUGCUGUACGCCGUAAUGCUGCUUUCCCUGACCUUCUCGAGACCUUUACGCCCGGAAUCAACAAUAUCUAUGACCUUUUCUACCAUGGUUACAAAGUCUCCAAAGACAGACAGUGCAUGGGCAUUCGCCCCAUUAUUGACCCUGUCACUCGCAAACGCGCCGAUCACUACGAGUGGGAAACCUUUGAACAAGUAAAUCAGCGCAUUACUUGGUUCGGCAGUGGUCUGUUGGACUUUUUCAAAAACGAUUUGCAGUAUACCCGACUUGACCAAAUCCCACUGGGUAUUUGGUCUGUCAACCGUCCAGAAUGGCAUAUUGCCGAACUUGGCUGUGCCGCAUACAACGAGUACAUUGUUGCGUUGUACGAUACGUUGGGUCCCGAGACGGUGGAAUAUGUGAUCAAUCACGCUGAAAUCGAAACGGUGGUAUGUUCCAAGGACCACGUGUUGGAUCUUUUGAAGCUUCGCGAAAAGAUCCCACAGCUCAAGGCUAUCCUGUGCCUGGAUCCGUUUUUGAAUGCCGAGGAGGAGCGUGCUAUUACGGGAUGGGCCGUCGAAAAGGGCGUCAAGGUGGUCCAAUACUCUGAAAUUGAGGAGCGUGGCAAGCGAAACCCAUUGCCUCACAGACAUGCAAAGCGUGACGAUUUGGCCUGUUUGAUGUACACCAGUGGUACGACCGGCAUGCCUAAGGGUGCCAUGCUGACACACGGUAACUUGAUUGCUGCUGUAAGCGGUUCGGUCCAGGCCAACCCAACUUUGCCAACAGAUGUCGAAUUGUGCUAUCUUCCCUUGGCUCAUAUCUACGGUCGUCUGGUUGAUUUGGUCCUCCUUUGUGGCGGCGGCUCUUUGGGCUUCUUUAGCGGCACCGUAGAAACCUUGAUGGAGGACAUGCUGGUUCUGAAGCCUACGACAUUCCCAGCUGUACCUCGCUUAUUGAACCGUAUCUAUGCCAAGAUUGCCCAGGUUGCUCAGGAACCAGGACCGAAAGGCGCUUUAUUAAGAUGGGCUAUCGAGACCAAGCUCAAGAAUUUGCAAGAAGGACGUGGCUAUGAGCAUCCAGUCUUGGAUCGCCUCUUGUUCAACAAGAUCAACAAGCAGGUGCUUGGUGGCAAUGUGCGUUAUAUUAUUAGUGGCUCUGCACCUAUUGGCGUUGAUGUACUGCAGUUCUUGCGUGUUGUCUUUUCCUGCGAUAUCCGUGAAGGCUAUGGUGCCACCGAGACUGCCGCUGUCUGCUCUAUGACCAUGCACGCUGAUAGCCGUGCUGGCCAUGUUGGUCGCCCUGCUGGAUGUAACGAGCUCAAGUUGAUUGAUGUACCUGAGAUGGACUACUUGUCGACCGAUAAGCCGAACCCACGUGGUGAAGUGUGUAUCCGUGGACACAAUGUAAUCAAGGGCUAUUAUAAGGACGAGGAAAAGACGCGCGAAGCAUUCGACGAUGAAGGAUGGUAUCAUACGGGUGAUGUGGGCAUGUUCGACGAGCGUGGCAGUCUUAUCUUGAUCGACAGAAAGAAGAAUAUUUUCAAGCUGGCCCAGGGUGAAUACAUUGCACCUGAAAAGAUUGAAAACAUAUACGCCAAGCAUCCUAUUGUCGCCCAAUUUUAUCUUCACGGCGACUCGCUUCAUCACUCGUUGGUUGGCAUCGUCGUCCCUGAUCCAGAAGGACUGGCUGAUUUGGUCCGAUCUAAGCUUCCUUCGUUAUCCGGUUUAAGCUACCACGAGCUUUGCAACAACAAGCAAGUAACCAAGGCAGUGUUGGAUCUGUUGACGCAAGUUGGCAAGAAGGGUGGUCUGCGUGGUUUCGAGUUUGCAAAGGCCAUCCGUUUGGUGACAGACCCCUUCUCCAUUGAUAACGGUUUGUUGACUCCUACUCUUAAAGUCAAGCGUCCGCAGGCACGGAAGCACUAUGAAGUACAAAUCGCUGAACUUUAUGAAGAACUGGGUGCGGCCGAUGGUUCGACGGCUGCUACUGCCAGGUUGUAAAAGCUAUAAAUAAAAGGAAAUACCAGUCGAGCUGCUACAAUAAAUCACCAAGAAGAUAAAUUUCUUGUUAUAUUGUUAAAUACAAGGUUUUAAAAUGCA